AUGUGUUCCCCUAAGAUCAUUCUCGUCACAGGCUCCAACCAGGGCCUUGGAUGGGGCAUCAUCAAAGUCGCAGCCCUCCGCGACCCGGCUUCGACGUACAUCAUGUGCACCCGCAAGCUCGAGGCCGGCCAGGAAGGGAUCCAGAAGUUGCGCGCCGACGGCGUGACAGCCAAAGUCGACCUGUUGCAGCUGGACGUCACCUCCGACGCGGACAUCACUGCCGCGGUAAAGCACGUCGCCGACGCCUACGGGAAGCUCGACGUGCUUGUGAACAACGCCGGGGUUCUUUCCUGGGCGCCCAAGGACGACCAGCCGAUCGCAGAGGUCCGGGCGAUGUACGCGAAGGUGGUCGACGUGAACCUGACGUCGCUCGCGGUCGUGACGCACGCGUUCCUGCCGUUGCUGUGGAAGUCCGCGGACCCAAAGGUGGUCGGCGUGUCGUCCGGGCUGGGGAGCAUCGCGAACACGCUGACGAAGAAGAUGGGCCGCACCGCGCCGUACGGGGCGAGCAAGAUCGGGAUGAACGGGUUCAGCGUGCACAUGCAGGUGAAGGAGAACGACCGUGUUGCGGCGGAGAAGGAUGGUCGGGAGCCGCCGUCGGGUAGGACGCCGGUCCGGUACUUUGUGUGCCAGCCGGGCGUGCUCAAGACGGCACUCUUGAACUUCUAUGCGGCGGGCAGGGAACCAGAGCGGGGGGCAGAGGUAGCGGUUCGGCUGGCGCUGGAUGACAAGUUCACGUAUGAGGGCGGGUCGUACUGGGAAUACGAAGACGAGGAGAUGAAGAGAGUGCCAUGGUAA